UCGAUCUGCUCCCUUCCCUGUCCGUGUAUCAAGCACCGAACUCUACUCCCUCCUGCUUCCCGUCCCGUCCACGCCAGAGCACUCCACUCCCACGCAAACCCUAGCAGGGGCUCUCUCCUCCCCUGGGGAUCCCCGCCAAGCGGCUUCGGUCCAAGCCGUCGGAGCAACUCUGAUCCUAGCGGCGGCGGAUUGGGACCGCCAGCUCCGGUCUGUGGCGCCAGAUUUGGGAUCGGCGCGAUGUCGUGGGCCGGGCCCGACGAGAUCCUCCUCUCCACCUCCCUCGCCGGCUUCUUGGACAAGAAGCUUAUUGUGCUGCUUAGAGAUGGACGGAAACUGCUCGGCACCCUGUGCUCAUUUGAUCAGUUUGCAAAUGUUGUUCUUCAGGGUGCUUGUGAACGAGUAAUUGUUGGGGAGCAAUAUUGUGAUGUUCCUCUUGGUCUUUAUGUGAUCCGGGGAGAGAAUGUUGUUUUGAUAGGAGAAUUGGACCGCGAAAAGGAGGAACUCCCUGCUCACAUGACAUGUGUCUCAGAAGCAGAAAUUAGAAAGGCUGAGAAGGCAGAAAGGGAUGCAAGAGACUUGAAAGGCACGAUGAGGAAACGGAUGGAGUUCCUAGACUUCGACUAGAUCCCCCCCCCCCCCCCCCCCCCCAUGCCAUGGUCGCUUCGGGUUGAUGAAAAACAGAUUCUUGCAACUUUCUCUUUCUGGCUUGCAUGAAGAUGCAAAGAUGCCCUUUGCCCCCAGUUGUCGUUGCUACAGUGCCCUGCAUUAUCGGGAUUCCAUGUUCCACGCUGCUGUGCAUCUGAUUGGAUCUGGGGUCGGUGCCACGCCUUGCAAGUGUUCUCGACCCAAUCAAUCGAGCUGCCAAUCCGCAGCUCAGCUCAACAGAUUUGCGCAGUUUAGUUCCC